AUGGAGCCAGAAGCCUUAGAAAUUUGCCCUUACAAUCCUCACCACCAAAUCCCACUCAGCAGAUUUCAGUACCACCUGGCAUCAUGCCGGAGAAAGAACCCCAAGAUAGCCAAAAAGAUGGCCAGCUGCAAAUACAACGCCUGCCACGUGGUCCCCAUCAAGAAGCUGGAGGAGCACGAGGCUGCCUGUGUCAACAGGAGCACAGUGGAGGAAGAGGACAGCCUGAGUCCCCUGAAGAUCAGCCUUCCAAAUGCAGGGCAGAAGGGCAACGGAAACGCCUCUCCGGUGUCCCCGCAUCUCCCCAGCCCUGACGUCUGGAAUGUUGAUAGCACAUAUUGCCACCCCAUGUUUGUCCUUAAGUCUUUCAUUCCCCAGAAGCUUGUUUGCGAAAGUGACACCAGACAAAAGAAUAAAGAAAUUCAGGGGCCUAAGAAAACAUCCUACCUGGAAAUCUAG